GGUAGCUGGGCCGGUGUCCUCAAUAGUAUAUGUGUGCCGGGAUCCUCGUGACGUGUGUGUCUCCUUCUACUACCAGUUCAUCAAGCUGCAUGGCUACAAGGACACCUUCAAUCACUUCGUCCAAUUAUUCCUCGAUGACAUAAGAUUGGUGCGUCGGUGGUAGCCUACCCAAGGGCAGGAAGCCUGUUGCUGCCUGAAUUCUCUUCGUCUGUUGACUGCACGCCAUGCAGCCAGUCUCGCCGCCACUGAGGAUGUACAGUGCUCCAUCAAGCUACAGUUCACCUCCUCAGUGUCCUGCGCCAGUGCUGUACUCACCCUUCUGGGUGCACAUCCUGAACUUCUGGAAGAUGAGACAUGAAGAUCACAUUCUCUUCCUCCGGUAUGAGGACAUGACGAAGGACCUGGCGGCAGUAGUGAGGCAAGUGGCAGCUUUUCUAGGAAGAAAUGUGAAUGAAGAGCAGGUGUCAUGGCUGACUCAUCACUGCACCUUCGAGGAAAUGAGUAAGAAUCCAGCAGUAAAUUACGACACCUUUCGGAUGGCACCCACACAAGAGGCAAAGGAAAUAAAGUUCAUGAGAAAGGGCAAGGUAGGAGACUGGAGGAACCACUUGACGGAGGAGCAGCAAAAAGCUUUCAAACAAUGGACGUUGAAGUAUCUGCAAGGCUCUGACUUUCCUUACUAUCAAGACUACGAAUAAGAUGCAACAAAUCACACAUAAUAAUUGCUAGAUAUUCUUACGUAUGGAAGACUUGGUUAAAUUUGUGUUGCAAGUCACAUUUAUUAAUAAAUUCUAAGUUAGCUUUCUAUUACCAGUAUUCAGAUAGUUGCUACAGAAUAAAACAAUGUUGUCAUAAAAUUAAGAAAUGUGCUAAGUGCAUUUUAACUUCCUAUUCGUUCGGUAUUUAUAGAUAAUUAACAAAAAGUUAUAGAAAAUUAUUCCAUUCUCUCUACGAAAACUACAUGUAUUUCCGUUACCCCGUCGCCAGCGCCUCAGUGCAGAGUGUGACCAGGUUGGUAAUGACAUUAAACAAUAAUUUUAAAGAUUUAAAGGAAAUCAAAAGACCCUUCACAUGGAUAUUACACAACUCAUAUAUAAUUCACACCCUUGAAGGAGACCAAAAAGACCAAUAUCCAAUACACACAAGCACAUUUAUUUUGAAGUCUCUCAGAAGUUGCAUUAUUAAGCUGACAAAGGUGUGACAGUGAGACUUUGGUUAGAGAGAACUUCUCGUGUUCCCUCCAGAGUGUGAACGUGUGUACACAAACUCUUUACAAGACUUCUUCAAAAGGAGCUCAACUCAUCUGUAUAAUCUUUAUUUUUACUCUCAAUAUUAUUACAGUGAAUAUUAACACUAGAAAAAAUCAGACACAAAAUAAAUUAAUUUUAUACACUAUAUUACUGCUAAACAGAAAUUCUAGUGAAAACAAAUUGGAACAACUAAUAAUAGAAAAUCAACUUGCGAGAAUGGUCACACUUCCAAUACAUUUCUUCAGUUAAUUUCCAGCUUUUUCAGUAAUACGGAUAUUUUCAAAUCAUCUACAGAUACUACAGUAAUAAUAAUGAUAAUAAUAAUAAUAAUAAUAAUAAUAAUAAUAAUAAUAAUAAUAAUAAUAAUAAUAAUAAUACUGAUAAUACUUUCUCAAUUGAACAUUUGUCUUUGUUCUGCAUUACAUUUCAAUAAAGCAAUGAUGAUAGCUGACAUUA